CUGGACUCAAACUUUGUUCUGCUGCUUCAAACCAACCACGGCUGCUCAGCUGGAUCUAAAAUCAGAAACGAAAUUUCAUGAAUGUCAGCUGACGUACCCUGCCUGACCAACAUGGUAGACACAGAAAGCCCACUUUGUCCCCUCAUUCCCUUGGAGGAGGAUGAUCUUGGAAGCCCUUUAUCUGGAGAAUUCUUACAGGACAUGGAGAACAUAAAGGAACUUUCUCCGUCAAUAAGCGGGGAUAGCUCAGGAGCGCUGAGCAUUACAGAUUUCCAGUCUCUGGGAAAUGGACCUGGAUCCGAUGGAUCGAUCAUUACAGAUUCUCUUUCGCCAGCAUCAAGUCCUUCAUCUGUGAAUCUUGUGACAGCUCCAGGUAGCAAAGAUGAACCACCUGGUGCAACACUAAACAUUGAAUGUAGAAUAUGUGGAGAUAAAGCUUCCGGAUACCAUUACGGAGUCCAUGCUUGUGAAGGCUGCAAGGGUUUUUUUAGGCGAACAAUCAGACUAAAGCUGGUCUAUGAUAGAUGUGACCGCAGCUGCAAAAUUCAGAAAAAAAAUCGUAACAAGUGCCAAUACUGUCGUUUCCAAAAGUGCCUUUCUGUUGGAAUGUCUCAUAAUGCCAUCCGAUUUGGACGUAUGCCAAGAUCAGAGAAAGCAAAACUGAAAGCUGAAGUCCUGACCGGUGAACACGGUGUAGAGAAUUCUGAAAUGGCAGAUCUCAAAUCACUUGCCAAGAGGAUUUAUGAAGCCUAUUUGAAGAACUUUAAUAUGAACAAGGUGAAAGCCAGACUCAUCCUUGCGGGGAAAACCAGUAACAAUCCACCAUUUGUUAUACAUGACAUGGAUACGUUAUGUAUGGCAGAGAAGACGCUCGUGGCAAAGCUGGUGGCCAAUGGAAUCCAGAACAAGGAGGCUGAAGUUCGAAUCUUCCAUUGCUGCCAGUGUACCUCGGUCGAGGCUGUAACGGAACUUACCGAAUUUGCCAAAUCUAUCCCUGGCUUCUCAAACCUAGACUUGAACGAUCAGGUGACGCUGUUGAAAUACGGGGUUUAUGAAGCCAUUUUUGCCAUGUUAGCUUCUGUAAUGAACAAAGACGGGAUGCUAGUAGCCUACGGAAAUGGUUUCAUCACUCGAGAAUUCCUCAAAAGUUUAAGGAAGCCAUUUUGUGACAUUAUGGAGCCAAAGUUUGAAUUCGCAAUGAAAUUCAACGCAAUGGAGCUGGAUGACAGCGACAUCUCUCUCUUUGUGGCCGCCAUCAUUUGUUGUGGAGAUCGCCCGGGCCUUGUAAACAUAGGACACAUUGAAAAGAUGCAGGAGAGCAUUGUGCAUGUACUAAAACUUCACUUGCAGAGCAACCAUCCUGACGACAUCUUCCUUUUUCCAAAACUUCUGCAGAAAAUGGCGGACCUCCGACAGCUUGUCACAGAGCAUGCUCAACUUGUUCAGAUAAUCAAAAAGACUGAAUCUGAUGCACAUUUACAUCCUUUGCUACAAGAAAUCUACAAGGAUAUGUAUUAAGGCUUUUGGGGGGCUUUUGUAUGAUCUGUAAAGACGUCGGCAAUAUUAACAGAUGGGAACAAACUACUUUGCACAAUUUUCUGUGCUGUGCUUUGGUUUCAAAUCACGAGUGAAGCUAAAAAGGGGUUAAACUGGAAUCUUAUUUUUGUACUCAAGAUUGUGUAGUGCUUAUGAAUAGGGCAACGAUCUGGGUUGACUUUAAAUUUGGGCAGCAGUGGGUGAUUAGUUACGCCGACUCUGAAAUCUGCCAAUGGCCGUGGUCUUCCACCCCUCCAGGUGGGACGCACUGAGAAGACAGAAAUAUGUGAUAGAAGUCACAUGUCAUGACAGCCCAUGUAGACAUGUCACGGGUCACCUGCUAGGAAGAAGACAAAGCAGAGUUAUGACCUCACCAGUGUCAAGGUCAGGGCCAUGGGUAGCAGACCAAGACAGCCAUUUCUCAGUGUGCAUUUCCAUCCCGAGGAAACUCUCUGUAGUAAGGAAUAAGACAGGACAGGUGGAUUCAGAGUAACAUGCAUAUGCCCCCCCCACACACACACACACACUAUCCUUUGCCUUCUUUCCCCCCUCACCUGUCCAGCCAGGUGACAUUCCCCUCCUACCGAUGCUCUGAUUCUAGCAUGGGGGCCCCCAGGCGCACACCUGUGAAACUUCAUUUUUAUUGGGAAGCUUUUGUAGAGCAUCGGAGGGCAGACUGGCAGGAGUGGCAGGGGAAACAAAGUG